AUGAGUGCGAAGCCGAACAAGAUCAAGUGCAUGGUGGACGAGUGUGGUUUCAUCACUUCGUACACGCACUUUCCAAGCCACGUAAAGGCAAAGCACAAACACGUUCCGGAACAUCGGAACAUUCGUAAGAUCUGGGGAUGCGAAGUAAACGAUAAUGGUGAAAUGCAGAUGCCCGGGCCGUCGACAAAGUGCAACGACGCCAAGCCCAUUUUUGACCCCCCAGGAACGCGAAGCCUGAUCAACCAAGCAGAUCACGACAUUUCAAUUCCGCUGGCCAGGAACAAUGCAGUUGGCGUGGGGACGCUUCGGCUAUUGCUUUUCGUUUCUCGCAAGCUGGGCGGCAAUUCAAAUGAGCUGUUGCAGCCAUUUUUGGGGUACCGUGAUGACGAUUCGGGCGACUUCGAAGAUGGCGAGCAGCCUUCUGGUGACGAUUACGCCGUGGACGGCGACGACAACGAACAGGAUGAGUUAGUACCCCCUGUAAAGCGCGCUGUUUCAUCCGUUUCGGAUGGUGCCGAGUUGGAAGCACCCACACCAAAGCGCCCAGUACCAUUGGACGAUGAUGCCAUGGUUGACCGACUCUUGGCCAGAAUGGCAAAACAAUUGCUAUGA